AUGCCUUUCUCUGCUGGUGACGCUUCCAAGGGUGCUUCCCUCUUCAAGACCCGCUGCGCUCAGUGCCACACCGUCGGCGCUGGUGAGCCCAACAAAGUCGGCCCCAACCUUCACGGCAUCUUUGGUCGCAAAUCCGGCCAGGUCGAAGGCUUCUCCUACACCGCUGCUAACGUGAACAAGGGUGUUACAUGGGACGAGGAGACCCUCUUCGAGUACCUCGAGAACCCCAAAAAGUACAUUCCUGGUACCAAGAUGGCCUUUGCUGGCUUGAAGAAGGACAAGGACAGGAACGACCUCAUCACCUGGCUCAAGGAGAACACCGCCUAA